AAGGCGGGGCUAGAGAAGGAGUUUUACGAAACUACUCUUCCUGCGAGACUUGAGAAAUUUGAAGCUCUGCUAAAAAGCCGAGACGAAGGCAAGGGAUUCUUUCUUGGCAACAAGGUACGUGCGCGAUGCACCGAAUGAAUAAAUCAUACAUAGACUAUAUAUUUCGAGUAAUAACAAUUUGCAGUCUAUCUUCUUUGAAUCAUUAAAGAAAGCGAGUUAAGCACUAUGAGAGAGCUUAAGCAACACGACGGGGACAGCAGCUAUGAAGUCAUUUUUACGUGCAUUAAGUUCUUUCAUACUUUGUCGUGAUAAGUCCAACUCUCUGAAUUUGCCAAAUGCUAUAGAUUUUAUGUAUCUCAACAAGUCUCGUCCAAGGUUAUAGCUUAACGCUUUCUUUGUCUAGCCUAACUUGAAACCCGGCUGAGAAAAAAAGUCGUGCAAAUUAAAGAAGGUCUUUAUACUUAGCGAAUGUUUAUUUAUUUAUUUUUAUUUUCCCUACAGCUGACCUAUGCCGACCUUUCGUUCUUUGACUUCUUUAAUGGUUACAGUGCUGGUGGCCAACCAACGAUUCCCAAGGAACUUCAGAAGUUUCCGCUGUUGGCGGAGCAUUACAACCGUGUGCUCAAUGUGCCUGAAAUAAAGACCUGGAUAGCAAAACGCCCCGCAAGCUUUUUCUGAGCCUGCGAUGAAAUGAAACUAUAUGACAUUUGUUGGCAUACCGUAAACAGCCGCCCCUUCUCCGAUUUUUUUCUUCUCGAGAUUUUUUUCCAAGUUAAGUGAUGUCUAUCUACCUUGUAACUCUUUGAUAAUGACUAAAAGAGGAUAAAAUUCGCGAAAAUUGCGUCAAACCACCCCCACAUUCAUAGUCUGCAAAUUGCCUUACAAAGGCAAUCCUGGA